AUGCAUCGGGGAAAAAAAAUUGUGGCUUUGGUUUCUGAGGCUUAUGAAAGUGUGGCUGAAACAGCUGGAAAUGUAGCUCCGAAGUCUGAUUAUAAUUCAAAUAAAGUAAUACACGUUUUAGAAGACAUUCAGUUACAAUGUGCCGAAUCAAGACAGUUUAUACCAGAAAAUUCAGAUUUAGUUACCAACAAAACUUAUUAUGAGAUAAAUGAUGACAUCAAUAUAGGUUCACUGACUAGUCUUGAUCUACCAAGUACUUUUAUUACAGAAAAUAUAGACGAUACUAUUUGUCCUGACAUGACAUUUCCCAAUACUACAUUCUGUGACUUGUCUUCAGUCAAAAUUUUGUCGGGUUAUGAUGCUCACAAUACUUACAUCACGGACCAGGAUUUGAUUAUAGUACCAUCACAAAGUGAAAUAGAAUUACAAGCAACACAGAUUUUGAUCCCAGAUAUUAUAAGCAGUUCCGAUACGCAUACCAUUCAAACAUUAGGUAAAACAAUAUCUCAUGAAUCAAGUACCAGUACUAUAGAAAGUAUACCUCAUGUUGAAAAUACACAUCAUAACGUCGUACCUAAUCCACCGAUAUCGGAUUGUAGUGAUACAGAGAACAAGCUUGUGCCUUAUUCUGAUACUGACUCAGAUUCGCUUGCUAAAAUUAAAAAGAGUAAGAAACGAAAGAAGCGUUUUAAAGUUGAUAAAAAAGAAUGGGUUGCUGAAAAGAAUAAACAAAGAAGACAAGAAGGUAAAACAUAUUUUGGAGAGAGAGAAAACAAGACUGUUGGAAUUAUAAUAAACCCAAAGAAGCACGGUCCAUGA